AAGUGCUUGUCAUAGUAGCACUUUAACGUAAUGUAUUCUCUACUGCUGACACGUGUGUAGCUGUCAAAGAAGCGUUUAUCCGUCAACAACUACACUUAUAACAUUGAAUUGCACUGUUUCGUGUUUCCUAUGCAAUAAUGGCUGACGCAUUUAGCAGCAGCUCGGAAAGCGUAAUUCAGCGUGUGGUAGACGUUACAGUGAAGACAAAUACACCUCUGGAAAAACUUGAAGAGUUGUAUCAGAUUAAGGAGACUUGCGACUUCAUCAGAGAGCAUCAAUUUGAAAAGGUUGCACUGCAGUUUCCUGAUGAGCUGCUGGUGGAUUCAGUUGCAAUAGCAGUGGAGAUCGAGAGAAACAGCAAUGCCAAGACGUUCAUUUUGGGAGAUACAUCCUAUGGCAGUUGCUGCGUGGACGAGAUAGCUGCAGAACAUGUUGGAGCCGACUGCAUUGUGCACUAUGGCAGCGCUUGCCUCAGUCCGUCUAAAAGGCUGCCAUUGAUGUACGUCUUUGAGCGGAGACCGGUGGAUCUUGAGAAGUGCACUUCUGCCUUCAGAGAACUCUACCCGGACACACAGAGUCACAUCGUCAUCCUCUGUGAUGUCAACUAUGUUCAUGCUAUAGAUGAUCUUCUGACACUCCUUUCUCCAGAGUAUCCUAACCUUGUCGUCUCAGAACUUGUUGUCGAAGGGGAGCGGUGUUACGGCCACGGCCGGGUUAAAAGAAAGCAUGAUGACACCCGUCUGUCGGAGCCAGACAGCAACCAGCGUAUUUAUCAGUUUGGAAGGCAGUUCUCCUUGAGGAGUGGUUUAAGCAUCACUGAUUACAGUAUGUUUUAUGUUGGCCAAGAGGGAGCAACUCUGAGAAACUUCAUGAUGACUUGGAAUCGCUGCUCAUUUUGUUCUUUUGACCCCAUGAAAAUGGCGGGGAGGACUGAGUCAGUAAGUAUCAACCGUACACUGAUGAAGCGCUAUUACGCUAUAGAAAGGGCCAAAGAUGCCAACGUGGUUGGCAUCCUGGUUGGCACACUGGGGAUGGCUGACUACCUCCACAUCAUCCAGCAGUUGAAGGAGACCAUCCGAGCAGCUGGCAAGAAGAGCUACAUGUUUGCCAUGGGGAAGCUCAACGUGCCCAAACUGGCAAACUUUCUCGAAAUUGACAUCUUUGUGUUAAUUGCAUGUCCUGAGAACUCACUGCUGGACUCAAGUGAGUUCUAUAAACCUGUAGUAACACCGUUUGAGAUGGAGGUGGCCUGCAACAAGAAGAGGGAGUGGUCAGAGGAAUAUGUCACAGACUUUCGACAUCUCCUGCCAGGUGGACAGAGUCAUGUGACGUUGGCUGAUAAGCAGGAGGAGGGCGAUGAGACUGACGUGUCUUUGAUCACAGGAGCUCUGCGAAGUUCCAACCUGUUGAGCAGUGAGCCUGCCGUGUCCCCCCAUGGCUCAUCCCUGGUCCUCAGGAACCAGACGCUCACUGUAGCCAACACCAACUCAGCUGCAUCUUUCCUGGCAGAGCGAAGCUGGCGGGGCUUAGAGCAGAAGCUGGGAGAGACACCUGUUGUGAAGGCGGUACAGGGCAGGAGAGGCAUAGCUAUUGCCUAUGAAGAAGAAGGAAUGUCUCCAUGAUAAUUUAACUCAACAGAUCAUUUCAUCAUACCUGCAGGUAUUACAUGUAUAUUGCUUGUAAUAACUGUAAGCUGUAAGUAAUAAUGAUACAUUUUCUUUAAAUCAAUAUCAGAUAUCAUUUUAUUAUCACCUUACUUACUGAAUCACAGAAUCUAUAAACCUAUGACUUUUUUUAUUUAUUUUUUCUGUCCAAACAUUACAACUUGUCACACUUGUCCAAAUGUAUUGUGAUUUAUUUUAAUGGAAAGAUGUUUAAAAAUGUAUACAUUAAUUAAAACAAAUGUAGGCCCGGAUUAAUCAAAUGGAGUUGAUUCUAAAAUGGUUUUAGUAGGGGAAACUUGACCACUUCUCAGCUUUGGAUACUUAACUGUAUUACUGGCUUUCAUAUCUUUUGUGUUUACAUUUAUUUAUUUGAAUUACUGCCCAUUGACAGGAACUUCUUCCACAAAGGAUGCAGGAAAUAUACCAGUAUUCCCAUUACAUUGUCCUUCCAACCAAUCCUGGUUUACUAAAGAAAAAGAAGAAAUUAAAAAAUUAGAAUGAUAUGUAUUGGACAAAUCAUUCUUUCUAAACACAUGAGAUAUGAAAGAACGAAGUCUCACUUCUCGAGAGUAAUGUGAUUGUAUCGCCUUGAUGAAAACUGAGAUCCUCUGGAUUUGACGACACGUAGGAAUGAAGUGCCACAAAGUGAGUCUCGCUCUGUGGUUUUCCAUCAGUUUGCUAAAAACACAAAAUGCACACAAAUAUUAAUUUUCUGCUAAAUCUAUUUUUAAACACUGUCCCGUCAUUUGAAGGCUCAUCACUGUCAAAUUACAAGACAAAAACAAAUCAAACCGCAUGACAUUAUUGAAAUAUGGAUAAGUAAUUGAAAACAAAAAAACUGACAAGUCAUUACUUAAAUUAAAUACAAUAAUUUAGUAGCAGAAGGAGCAGGAAACUGAAGUAAAAAAAAAGGACAUAAAUGAAAAAAGAAUGAAGUAAAUGGAUACUUUUUCCUCACUUUUGUUAGCCAGCCAUUAAUCAGCCAAACAUUGCCCUUCCCUUAGCCUCUUGUAAUGCUUUAGACAUAUCUUCAUUUUCCAUAGUUUUCAUCACAACUCAAGGGACUUAAGAAGAAAAAGUCUGGAGUGCUCAGAAGUUCCAAAAAAAGGUCCAAGACACUCUUCUUGUGAAAAAAUUAAAAAGCCUAUAUUUAAAUGGCUAUUUCAUAUCAAAAUCUUACAUUAAAAAUAGAACUGGGCAGCAACCCAGGUGUAUUGCCACAAAGCGGCCUUCUUCAGGGUGAUUUGCACUGGCUUUAUAGUUCAUUGUAUAACUUUAUGUAGUGUAUACAGUACAGGAAGCCCAUAACACAACACGGAGUACUGCGCAUAAAGUACUCUUAUAAUAAUACAAAAAUAAAUUCAGCAAAAUUCUACUUUAACUUUUCAGGACCUCCAUGAUUGAAUGAAACCCAUCUGUAUGAGGUUGCUCACAUGUCAGUGCAUAAUGGAGAGCUUCAAUACUCUGAAUGUUGCUUUGCCACCCUGACAAAAAUCUCGUUGAAUGCCGUUUAUCAGGAAGAUCAAAAAAAGUACUAAGCAAGUUCAAAUAUUUAUAACAAUAUCAAUACCCUUAUUAGCCAGAGUAACUGUAUUACAACAAGGGACCACCAUUUACUUACCUUUGUGGUGGUACACCACAAAGUGAUGUGCACGCCACGGGCACGACUCCACACACUUUCCAUUUCUGUGCUGGCAUUGAUUACACUUUGUUUUGUUGCC